AUGUCGGCGGCUUAUCGUCGGGCCACCCACAUCCCGCCCGGUGGACAUGGGUCAACACCCCGACCACGCCGACCCCCUGGCUUCAAAGCUGCCAAUUUGACGUCGGCAGACAGGAAGGUUUGGCUGGGUCGGCGGAGUAAGAUGGCGAGACUGAUUUCUCUUUGCAAGGUGAAAAAAGCUUGGAUUCACCUGGGUGUUUAUCCGGAUGUAGGGGCCUGGGGAUGGGCCCCCUCCAUCCGGAUCAACACCCACGGGCUCCAUGUAGCCUCAUCCACUCGGCGGCCCCGAGCCGAUCUCGUCAGGUUUCACCGAUUGGCCGUGGUUCGUCGGAUCCACCACAAUCCGGAGCUGUCAACACCGCGGUGA